AUGUCAGAAAACAAGAAGCCGCUGCUGGGCAUCUUGAGCAAAGUCCCCAGUGGGUCUACACUUGGGAGCUCAGGCAAGACUCACUGUCCUUUAUGCAUGGGGCUUUUCAAAGCCCCCAGGCUCUUGCCUUGUUUGCACACGGUUUGCACCACUUGUCUGGAGCAGCUGGAACCCUUCUCAGUAGUGGAAUUCCGAGGGGGAGACUCUGACACAAGCUCUGAGGGGUCAAUAUACCAGGAACUCAAGCCACGCAAUCUGCAGCCACAGAUCAGCAUCCUCUGUCCGGUAUGUGAUGCUCAUGUGGACCUGCCCGUGGGUGGAGUGAAGGCUCUUACCAUAGACCACCUGGCCCUGAAUGAUGUGAUGCUGGAGAGUCUGCGUGGGGAAGGCCAGGGCCUGGUGUGUGACCUGUGCAGCGACAGGGAAGUAGAGAAGAGGUGUCAGACCUGCAAAGCCAAUCUCUGCCCCUUCUGCUGCCAGGCUCAUAGACGGCAGAAGAAAACAGCUUACCAUACCAUGGUAGACCUCAAAGACUUGAAAGGCUACAGCCAGGUUGGGAAGCCCAUCCUGUGCUCCACUCACCCCGCGGAGGAGCUGAGGCUAUUCUGUGAGCUUUGUGACCAGCCUGUGUGCCGGGAUUGUGUGGUAGGGGAGCACAGGGAGCAUCCCUGCGAUUUUACCAGCAAUGUCAUCCACAAGCAUGGGGACUUAGUGCGGGAGCUCCUCAAAGGCACCCAGCCCCACAUGGAAGCCCUGGAGGAAGCCCUGGACCAGAUGGGAAGGAUGAACAGUGCCCUCCAGGAGCGAGUGGAGGCAGUGGCAGCCAAUGUCCGAACAUUCUCGGAGGGCUACAUCAAAGCCAUUGAGGAGCAUCGGGACAAACUGCUGAAGGAGCUGGAAGACAUACGGGUCCAGAAGGAGAACUCCCUGCAGCUGCAGAAGGCACAGCUGGAACAGAUGCUGGCAGACAUACGCACAGGAGUGGAGUUCACUCAGCACUUGCUGAACAGUGGCUCCGAUCUGGAGAUCCUCAUCACCAAGGGGGUGGUGGUAGAGCGCCUCAAGAAGCUGAACAAAAUCGAAUACAGUGCCCGUCCCGGAGUGAACGAUAAGAUCAGCUUCUCUCCCCAGGAGAAAGCAGGCCAGUGCCGUGGCUAUGAAGUUUACGGAACCAUUAAUACCAAAGAGGUUGAUCCAGCCAAGUGUGUCCUUCAAGGCGAAGAUCUCCACAAGGCCCGGGAGAAACAGACAGCCUCUUUCACCCUGCUUUGUAAGGAUGCCACAGGCGAGAGCAUGGGCAAGGGAGGAGAUGACGUUCAAGUCACUGUUGUCCCUAAAGAUAAGAAAGACAGUCCAGUCAAAACGAUGGUCCAGGAUAACAAGGAUGGGACAUACCAGGUUUCCUAUACCCCCAAAGAACCUGGGGUCUAUGUUGUGUGGGUCUGCAUCAAAGAGCAGCAUGUGCAGGGCUCUCCAUUCAAUGUGACAGUCAAGAAGAAGCACCGCUCCCACCCAGGUGUGUUUCACUGCUGCACCUUCUGCUCCAGCGGAGGCCAGAAGUCCGCGCGCUGUGCCUGUGGGGGCACCAUGCCAGGUGGGUACCUAGGCUGUGGCCAUGGACACAAAGGCCACCCAGGCCGUCCCCACUGGUCCUGCUGUGGGAAAUUUAACGAGAAGUCUGAAUGCACAUGGGCAAAUGGGCAAAGUGCACCCAGGAGUCUGCUUAGGACAGUGGCACUCUGAUAGCUAACGCUGCAGCCAGCACCACCCCAGGUUACCAGAAGACCCCAGACCUUGAUUAAUUCUGAAGAAACGGAUAAAAUUAAAGACAAAGUGCCUUAUCUUACA